UGAUGUAUUUCCUGUUGUACAUUUGGCCCAUUUAGCUGGAAAACACCUCAGAGAAAGGCUGUCUACCUCGUUUCAACUUGUGUGUUAUUUUAAAAACCUUUGUUACGGACCUGUAAACUGUCAUUUUAUAUUCACUAACGUUUAUACAACAGUUGCCUAUACGUGUCACAUCGCGGUACGUUGUUGUUAGUGUCGUUUUCAGGGCAUUUUUGUCGACAAAUCCACCCACAGGGAGUGCUACAUUAGUUCAGCUAGCCACCAUUCACUCUUCACGGAAAGAAUCGAUUAAUUGUUGUCAGGAUAUGGAUCAAACAGGAGUCACAGCAGGAACACCAAAGAGCCCGUGGGGUUUGGUGGCCCCGGCAGCUCCAUCCUGCUCCCUGGCUGAUGUGAUGAGCGAGCAGCUGGCCAGACAGUUGGAUGAGGAGAACAAUGCCUUCCCUACACUCGCUGAUCCUGGGACUGAUUUGUUGUUGUCAGAUGAAGUUUGCGAUACGACCAGUGACCUGAUGCUCGCCCAGAUGCUGCAAAUGCAGUUUGACCGUGAGUUUGAUGAUCAGCUCCGUCGGGAGGAGAAGAAGUUCAACGGAGACAGCAAAGUGUCCAUCUCCUUUGAGAACUACCGUAUGGUCCAUCCAUAUGAAGACAGCGACAGCUCCGAGGAUGAGGUGGACUGGCAGGACACGAGACACGACCCCUAUAGAGCUGAAAAACCCCAGACCACACCCAGGAAGGGCUUCGCUGGGAAAGGCAAGAACAUCACCACUAAACACGACGAGGUGACCUGUGGCCGCAAGAACACUGCACGAAUGGACAACUUUGCUCCAGAGGUCCAUGUUGGUGAUGGGCUGGGGAUGGAUCUGAAGUUGUCCAAUCAGGUGUUUAACUCCCUGAAGCAGCACUGCUACAGCGAGCAGAGACGCAGUGCCAGACUGCAUGAGAAGAAGGAGCACUCCACUGCCGAACAAGCGGUGGACCCUCGUACUCGUCUGCUGAUGUAUAAAAUGGUGAAUGCCGGCGUGCUGGAGAACAUUAACGGGUGCAUCAGCACUGGAAAAGAGUCUGUCGUCUUCCACGCCGACGGAGGCAGCCUGGAGGAGCAGCUUGUUCCAGAUGAAGUUGUGCUGAAGGUGUUCAAGACGACACUCAACGAGUUCAAGAACAGAGACCGCUACAUCAAAGACGACUAUCGCUUCAUAGAUCGCUACAGCAAACUUAACCCACGAAAAAUCAUAAGACUGUGGGCCGAGAAGGAGAUGCACAACCUGACCAGGAUGAAGAAGGCGGGAAUUCCCUGUCCAGAGGUGGUGCUGUUAAAGAAACACAUCCUGGUGAUGUCUUUCAUUGGUAAAGACCACGUUCCUGCUCCCAAACUCAAAGACAUCUUGCUGGGCUCAGAAGACAUGAAGGACGCCUUCUACCAGGUCCUACAUCUGAUGCAGGUGAUGUAUCAGGAGUGUAAUCUGGUUCAUGCUGAUCUCAGUGAAUACAACAUGCUGUGGCACGAAGGAAAGGUGUGGUUGAUAGAUGUCAGUCAGUCUGUGGAGCCCACCCAUCCUCAUGGUUUGGAGUUUCUCUUCAGGGACUGCAAGAAUGUUUCCACGUUCUUCCAGAAGAGAGGGGUGACUGAGGCUAUGAGUGUGUAUGAGCUUUUCAACGCUGUGAGUAGACUGGACAUCCCCAUUGGUGCAGAGGAUGAAGCAGAAUUUGUGGCUGAGAUUGUGGCUUUGGAGAAGAGGAAUGAAGAUCACGUGCAGAGGCGAGGAAAGAAGACCUUCCCUGUCGCCUCUGAAGAUGGUGAUCCUCCUUUUAAACCAGAUGCUGAUGACUAACGGCUGCCCGGGCUCGCUCUCUCUUCACAAUCCGGCUGUGUUGAAAACACUGUAAAGAGGAGAUGAACGGGGGAGGCCCCUGGAGGACCUGGUGCCUCCACCUCCAACCCUGCCACCACCCAAUGACCCACCCACCAGAUGCUUCCUUUGAAUGGGCAGGACGGAGCGCCUCCUGCUGGCUGCAGGAGGAAUGAGUUUCACCAUGUCAAAUGCUGAAGUCAAAGUGUCCUAAGCAGCUGAGAGGCACCAGCAUGCUUUUUUGAAGAACACAUCUCAUCCUAUUGGCCUAUGCUGAUAUUGCUUCUAGUUUGUAAGAUUUUUUUUCUCUAAGAAUCGUAGUAAGGAUACAAGCAGUAGUAAAGAUAAAGCUUCUCGCACAGGACCUCUUCCCUCAAUGGAUCCAUCAGUCUUAACACGUGAAACAUUUCUUUCAGCUUCAUUCAGACUCUUUUCUAGAUUCUAGUGGGGAGUUUGUGAAGAUGCCAUUUGAGUCUGACUAAAUUUGGGGAAAUGAGUGUUAAAUGAUGACAAUUAAUGUGAUUUUCAGGCAUAUGGGUAUUGUCUGAUACCAGUGCCUGUACAAUACAUCAUUGUCUUUGUUAUCUUAUUUUUUCCACAUUCUUAAUAAUAUUGGGCUGUCUCAUCUCUUCUUUUGUUCUUUUGUUCUCAUCAAUGAUUCAGUCUGAGAGGAAGUAACAUCAGAGUGCAUCACUGGUUUUCUUCUGCUAAAAUCUGUCGAAGGGAACAAUAUGUAUAUGUGUCUGAGAUUGUACAUAUCUAAGAUUCAUAUUUCACAUUUACAGCAGAAAAAUGCUUUUGAUAAAAACAAAUGUUGGAAAUUACACCUGAAAGCAGAGGAAGACUGUGUAUUUCUGUAUUUGUCUGUGCAUUUUGUCGCUUUCUCUCAUUUUAGACAGUUCAGGGGUCACAUAAUGGAUGGGCAGGGGGAUGGUGGUGUCAAAGGUCACAGCCGUUUGAUUUGGUGUAGUGGCCUAAACUUGAAAUUUAAGCCCAGGAUAAACUUUUAUUAGUAUUAGACAAAAGCAAGUAAAUUAAAGGUAUCAUAUUAAAUGUAGAUGGGAACUGUUUUGAUUUUUGCAGUGAAAAUUAUCAUUCUAGAAUUGUCGUUCCUAGCUCUUAGCUUGUUAAUCAGAAAAUCUGGUGUAGGUAAUAUUGGUCAUGUAUGUCACAUUGCGUGUCCUGGAAAAUGAAGGCUUCUCUUCACAUGAUAUUGGUUUACAGUGGAUUUAUUCUGAUGAAUUGCAUCAUUGUGCUCUCUGAAACUGUAGACCAGCAGUGACAUUAAAAAGAGAAGAUGAAAA